AUGGCACUCAAGAGUGAGGUUGAGACCCUCCAGCAGCGAUUGCAAGAGCAUACCGAGUUCCUGGAGAGCAUUCGCAACGCGCCAGAAGACGAGGGUUUGAGCAUUGUUCGAAAGCAGCGAUCGACCGAGAACGCCGCUGCUGUACUGUCACCGUACCAGGGCCGGGCCGGUGGUUCAAGUCAGAUAUCCGAGCAUGCUUCGGCUCGAGCGGUCAUGCCAUCGACAGAGUCGGGCGUCGAGUUUGAGCUAGUGAUGUUCUAUCCAACAGCUUAUCCCAUCCUUAUACCACCGAGUCCAUCAUCGAUAGUAUCAGCAAGCCUUAUAGGAGGAUCUACUCAGACCACAUCUUCCAGCAGUACUCCACUGUCACCAUCUGAACCAUACGCGUACUGCGACCCUCAUCUAGAGUAUCUUACAGCCGAACGUUCGACCGAUUCGACCACGACUCUUGCAGCGCUCAAUUGCCUUUCUGUAGCCACCGGCUGGAAUGGUAGGAACGAGCUUGGGAACCACCAGCUGGUUACAGACGCCCGCACGUUGGCUACCAGAAUGCAUCUGCUCGAUGCCCCACCUACAGAUGCAGCGAUCGUACAGUUCCAACAUCUGAACGAAGACGAGAUACCAGAUCAGGCACAUGUAGCUUGGGGUAGCUAUGGCUGGCAAUCGUUCCGCGCCAGCUUCUUCGCGAAGCCGUCGAUUAAGUAUCUUCCCAACCUCCUCAUUGCUGGCGACGAUAUCGAUAUCUUCGCCACGCUCGACACGUUCGGCCCUGCCCAUUCACCACCGGACUCCGUUGGGCACACAUUUACUGCCAUGAGCAAGUUCGGAUCAUUGUACAAGAAGUCUUGGCUGUCUACAACAUGCAGGACGACGCACCUUUGGUCGAAAGGGUAA